GUUGUAUGGACUAUUUCCUUACAAGUCCAACAUGAUCGGUCUGGAAGCCUUUGCAGAUCCUUCAGAGGAGUGGGAUAUUGUGGAGACAAUUGGGAAGGGAACUUAUGGAAAAGUCUAUAAGGUCAAUAACAGAAAGGAUGGAAGCCAAGCAGCUGUUAAAGUCUUAGACCCCAUCAAUGAUGUCGAUGAGGAAAUUGAAGCUGAAUAUAACAUCUUGCAAUCACUUCCCAACCAUCCAAAUGUUGUCAAAUUCUAUGGGAUGUUCUAUAAGGCUGAUGGUCUUGCUGGAGGUCAACUAUGGCUGGUGCUUGAGCUGUGUAAUGGGGGCUCUGUCACCGAUCUCAUCAAAGGCUUGCUCAUGCGUGGACAACGGUUGGAUGAAGCCGUAAUCUCGUACAUCUUAUACGGUGCUCUCUUGGGUCUUCAGCAUUUGCACAAUAAUAGAAUCAUUCAUCGUGACGUCAAGGGGAACAACAUUCUUUUGACAACAGAAGGAGGAGUCAAGCUCGUUGACUUUGGGGUGUCAGCUCAGCUCACCAGUGCUCGCUUAAGAAGAAACACGUCUGUUGGCACUCCAUUCUGGAUGGCACCUGAGGUCAUUGCUUGCGAACAGCAGUAUGACUACUCAUAUGAUGCACGUUGUGACGUGUGGUCUCUCGGUAUUACUGCUAUCGAAUUAGGUGACGGUGAUCCCCCUUUAGCAGAAAUCCACCCAGUGAAAGCCUUAUUCAAAAUCCCAAGGAAUCCUCCUCCCACUUUACGUCAUCCAGGAAACUGGUGCCGAGGCUAUAGCCACUUUAUUGCACAGUGUUUAAUCAAGGACUUUGAGAAACGGCCAUCAGUCACCCAUCUUUUGGAGCACCCCUUUAUUAAACAGGCACACAGUAAAGUUAUGACUCUUCAAGCUCAGCUGGCACAGCACAUCCGGGAGCAGCAGGAGUCGGGCUGCACAGGCAGAGCUAAACACGAGCAAAUCAACAGCAGGAAAACUCCCAAAGAACAUAUGGUGGAAAGUUGCCCGGAUGAUGACCUGGUCAACCUUGAAGUUUUAGAUGAGGAAUCUAUUAUUGCCCAUUUGCAGAAGAGGUAUGCUGAUAUUCAGAUCUACACAUAUGUAGGAGAUAUUCUCAUUGCCUUGAACCCUUUCCAGAAUCUCAACAUCUACUCUCCCCAGUUUUCAACAUUGUACCAUGGAGUAAGGAGAUCAUCCAAUCCGCCACACAUCUUUGCGACUGCUGAUGCUGCCUACCAAGGAAUGGUUACCUUUAGCAAAGACCAGUGCAUCAUCAUCAGUGGUGAAAGUGGUGCUGGAAAAACAGAAAGUGCUCAUUUAAUCGUUCAACAUUUAACCUUCCUUGGAAAGGCCAACAAUCGAAUGUUACGGGAAAAGAUUCUGCAAGUCAACCCCCUGGUAGAAGCGUUUGGUAAUGCCUGCACAGCCAUAAAUGACAAUUCAAGCCGCUUUGGAAAGUACCUGGAGAUGAAGUUCUCGCCAACAGGAGCAGUAAUGGGGGCCAAGAUUUCAGAGUACUUGUUGGAAAAAUCCAGAGUUAUAAAACAAGCACCGGCAGAAAAGAAUUUUCACAUCUUCUAUUACAUCUAUGCUGGCCUUUAUCAUCAGAAUCAGCUGCCUGAGUUUAGACUCCCAGAGAAGAUUCCUCCAAGGUAUAUUGACAAUGAAAAUGGAAAAGUAAUGCAGGACAUCAUCACAAACAAAGUGUACAAAGACCAGUUUAAAGCCAUUCAGCACUGUUUUAGGAUCAUUGGCUUUACAGAAGAGGAGGUUAACUCAGUGUACAGAAUUCUUGCUGCUAUCCUAAACACUGGAAACAUUGAAUUUGCGUCCAUUACUUCACAGCAUCAGGCAGAUAAAAGUGAAGUCCCAAAUGCUGAAGCUUUACAUAACGCUGCUGACCUUCUGAGUAUUGGUGCCGAGGAGCUUCAGGAAGCCUUAACGUCUCACUGUGUGGUGACACGUGGAGAAACCAUCAUUCGCACAAAUACAGUUGCCAAAGCGGCUGAUGUAAGGGAUGCCAUGUCCAAGGCUCUUUACGGGCGACUUUUCAGCUGGAUAGUGAAUCGCAUUAAUUCACUUUUGCAGCCGGACAAAAACAUAUGCACUCCAGAAAGUGGGAUGAAUGUUGGCAUAUUGGACAUCUUUGGAUUUGAGAACUUUCAGAAGAAUUCAUUUGAGCAGCUGUGCAUCAAUAUUGCAAAUGAGCAAAUCCAGUUCUAUUUUAAUCAGCACAUUUUUGCUCUGGAACAGGUGGAAUAUCAGAAUGAAGAAAUCGAUGCCAGCUUGGUGGAAUAUGAGGAUAAUCGGCCCAUCCUGGACAUGUUUCUUCAGAAACCUAUGGGGCUUCUGUCCCUCUUAGAUGAAGAAAGUCGGUUUCCACAGGCAACAGAUCAGACUUUAGUAGAUAAAUUUGAAGACAACCUGCGGUACAAGUACUUUUGGAGGCCAAAACGAGUGGAACUUUGCUUUGGAAUUCAGCAUUAUGCGGGAAAGGUUUUAUACAAUGAGGGAUUUCUGGAAAAAAAUCGCGACACUCUUCCUGCCGAUAUUAUGGUGGUUUUGAGGAUGUCUGAAAACAAACUGUUGCAGCAGCUAUUUUCAAGCCCCCUGACGAAAACAGGUAAUAUAGUUCACACUAGAUACAGUGGGAUAAAUACUCUGAUUGGUCCGGUGAGAAAAACCAGAAAAAGAACAGCAGAGAAAUUAGGGGUUAUUUGUCUUUCCUCUCGGUUUCACUUUGGCGACAGUGUGGACACAAUGGAGAUAAUGCAUCAUCCUGAAGAAACAACAAAUAUGCGUAGGCAGACGGUUGCCUCCUACUUCAGGUAUUCUCUGAUGGAUCUUUUGUCUAAAAUGGUAGUUGGGACUCCUCACUUUGUAAGGUGCAUAAAACCCAACGACGACCGACAGGCACUGAAGUUUUCUAGAGAGAGGGUGCUGAUUCAGCUACGCUACACUGGCAUUCUGGAGACGGUCAACAUCAGGAGACAAGGUUAUUCCCAUCGCAUACUCUUCGAAGAAUUUGUUAGAAGAUAUUAUUACCUUGCCUUCAGGGCACACCAGAUGCCUGCUACUACUAAAGAAAAUUGCAUUGCCAUUCUGGAAAAAGCAAGACUAGACAAGUGGGUCCUUGGAAAAACAAAGGUUUUCCUCAAAUAUUACCACAUUGAACAGCUGAAUUUGCUUCUUCGAGAAGUCAUCGCCAGGGUUGUUGUGAUGCAGGCUUACACAAAGGGUUGGCUCGGCGCUCGAAGAUACAGAAAAGAUAGAGAGAAACGAACUCGGUGUGCCAUCAUCAUUCAGUCAGCCUGGAGGGGACAUGUCGCUCGCCUUUCGCACCGGCAGAUUAAAAGGCAGAGAGAAGAGGCAGCUAUUUGUAUUCAAGCAGCUAUUCGGGGGCACCUUGCUCGGAAAAAUUACAACUUGCUCAAGCAAAGCACAAACUCACAUUCGUCAUUUGAGGUGGACAACUUCUGUGGAUCUCAUCAAGAAACCAUUAUGCAGCAAGACCAAAAUUUCAACUUUACCUCCGUGGAGCAAAAGCGAAACCUUAGUGAAAAGGUGUCUUUUGACUGCCACAAUGGUCAGGUCAAAGAGAGAGGCAAAAAGAAUAAAGGAACGGAAGAGAGCAAGAUGGCCAGUUACUCAAUAAUUGAUUGCCGAGAGCCUCCCAGCAAACAAGGUUCAGUGAAAGAGACGCGACUGAAGCAACAGAGAACACCCCGGCGACGUUGCCAGCAGCCUAAAGUGCUCAACAGCCCGGAGGACAGCCUGUACUAUAACCAGCUAAAUAGAACUCUGGAUUACCAAGGGAGCAAGAGGAAGCCAAGAAAACUCGGCCAAAUUAAAGUACUGGAUGGAGAAGACGAGUACUAUAGACUGCUGUCAGUCGUUGAAUGCGUCUCUGAGGAAGAGAAUCCGCCCAGUCCUUCUCCACCCACUCUCAAAAUGGGACCAGUUGUUGCUCAAAGCUAAGUCUGGCUUGGAUGUAAGUGGCCGGUGCAAGUUUGUUGAAGUUUCUUUUAUUUUCUGUUAUUUUUUAAGAGGUGUGAAAUAUGUACAGAUCACUUAUUCAUUAUGGUUAUGCUAAUUAAAAAUAUCAUCCUUCAUCACCA